AUGAGCGCCUCGCAGUUCUUCCUGCCCAACCCGGCGGUGGGCGACCGCAAUGGCGUCGAGGACUGGCGCAUCCGUGGCAUGACGCCUCUCACCCCGCCCGACCUCCUCCAGCACGAGAUCCGCCAGACACAAAAGAGCAAAGACACCGUCAUUCAAGGCCGGAAUGAGUCGGUCGAGGUGGUGCACGGCACCGACAAGAACCGCAGACUUCUGGUUGUCGUUGGACCAUGCUCCAUUCACGACCCAGCAAUGGCUCUCGAGUACUGCGACAGACUGCUCAAGCUCAAGAAACAGUACGAGCGCGACCUGCUGAUUGUCAUGAGAAGCUACCUGGAGAAGCCAAGAACCACGAUUGGCUGGAAGGGUCUGGUGAACGACCCAGAUAUCGACAACUCCUUCAACAUCAACAAAGGCUUGCGUACUGCGAGGCAGAUGUUCUUGGAUCUGACCACCAAGGGCAUGCCAUUGGCAAGCGAAAUGCUCGACACCAUCUCUCCCCAGUUCACCGCAGACCUGCUUUCUGUCGGCGCCGUAGGUGCUCGAACCACCGAGUCUCAGCCACAUCGUGAGCUUGCAUCUGGUCUCUCCUUCCCGGUCGGCUUCAAGAACGGCACAGAUGGCUCGCUUGGUGUCGCCAUUGACGCGAUCGGCGCGGUGAAGCAUCCCCAUCACUUUCUUUCCGUUACCAAGCCCGGAAAUGUAGCCGUGGUUGGUACUGUCGGCAACGACGAUUGCUUCGUCAUUCUCCGUGGGGGUACCAAGGGUACGAACUACGAUGCGAAGAGCAUUGCCGAGGCAAAAGAGGCGCUUCUCAAGAAAGGUCUCAGGCCUUCGCUCAUGGUUGACUGUUCGCAUGGCAAUUCGAACAAGAACCACAAGAACCAACCAAAGGUCGCACAUGACCUUGCUGAGCAGAUCAGGAAUGGCGAGACCGCAAUCAUGGGUGUCAUGAUUGAGAGCAAUAUCAACGAGGGCAACCAGAAGGUGCCAGCUGAAGGCAAAGCUGGUCUGAAGUACGGCGUCUCAAUCACUGACGCUUGCAUCCACUGGGAGGACACUGAGCUGGUGCUCAAGGAGUUGGCCGAAGCCGUUGCUGAGCGUAGACAGAAGCUGGGUCCGGUCGAGACAGACGCUGCUGUCACGAAUGGUGUCAAUGGUCAUGCAUAGAAAGCUUGGCGGUUGCCAUCUCAUUGCAUUUGGCGAGGCGUUCGGCACGGAAAAGGUACGCACGAUGCAUUCUGUAGAGCUUAGAUGAGUUGACUCGUGCGAAAAAAGUGCGUUUGGACUGCCCAUGUCUCC